UAUAGGGAAAUGUACACAUUUUAGAGUUCUCUUUGAGCUUCAUAAAUUGAAAACAGGACAAUAUUUAGAGUUCAGUAGUUAUGGAUAGCAUAGCAUGUAAUAAAGUGCAACCUGUUGUGAGGAAAGUGAAGAAGAAGCAGGUCAAAGGUGAGAUGGAUCGUCUCAGGCAGGCUGAGAAGAAAAAGAGGCGUCUGGAGAAAGCUCUAGCUACAUCUGCCGCAAUCCGAUCUGAGCUAGAGAAGAAGAAACAAAAAAAGAAGGAAGAACAGCAGAGACUUGAUGAAGAGGGUGCAGCAAUUGCAGAGGCUGUCGCUCUGCAUGUCUUACUUGGCGAGGACUCUGAUGAUUCAUGUAAAAUUGUGCUAAACAAAGAGGAAGUUUUCGACACUUGGAGUUGUGCUGGCAACAUUGACCUUUUCGUGGGUGAAAAGAGGCCAUCUCUCCCUCACGAGGACUUCCCAGGGAAUUCAUUUGAAAGAAUAGGCUGGGUCCCUUGUACUUAUGGAACUGGAUGCCAAUGGAGGAGGAGGGAAAAUAAUGACUUGACAUUUUCAUACGAUUCUCUUCGAAGGAGUAUGCCAGUGCAAUACCUUGACGAUGGCAGUUGGGGUACUGCAGAGUUCUCAGCUGGACUUAUUGCAGCACAAGCUGUUUCUUCUCUCCAGAUUGCAGAGGAUGCGCAUGGGGAUACAUUUCUCUUUGACGGAAUGCUAAGAGGGUAGAGAAGCAAUUCUCCGCUGCCUUUCGAAAAUGAGUCGCUGUUAUUGUUCCAGAAUAAUGGUUUUGUAUAUAUUCGUGAAUUUCUUACUGUCAUUUAUCAGAUUUGCGUGUUGCUGCUUCUGGUUUGAACAAAUGUUCAACUUGUUAUCUCUUUGUGUUUCAUCAUGUCAUUUGCUCAAGAAGCAUGUUUAAUUUUUUGCUACUGGAAAACAUAAUUUUACUGGUACUUCGCUUUCCUUGUGGAACGAUUUCUUUGAUUAAUUCUAGUAGACUAACUUCAUCGUU